AUCGCUGACCUGGGCUGAGUGCGUGGUGGAGAGAGGUGGAUUUUAGGGAGGUCAUAAGACCUCUCCUGAAAUCGCUUCCAGCCCUGGCCUCAACAACGUGGGGCACAAAAUUUCUUCCCCUUUUAUUUAUCUUCACGUCCUGGCUGGUCCUCCUGGAGGUCAAAAGUGAGCCCACGACCCCACGCCUCACGUGGACGCCCUAGGAUCUGGCUGACACGAGCCUAUUCUGACCCUGCACGCCUCCGUUGCUCAGCCAGAGCCCAAUGCAGGGCGACUCAAAGCGAAAUGCAAAGGGAGUCCCUGCAAAGUUCUUCACUGCCACAAUUUCUGCCCCAAAGGUAGCUCUCCAGGGCAUAAAGAACUAGCUACUGAACAGCUACAGUAAAAAUACUAAAACCAUACCAGGACUACAAUGGAUGCUCAAAAGCCAAGGAAAUGCAGUUUAACAUCCUUCCCGGUUUUGAAAACAAGAAAGAAACAGGAUGUCAACCCUGUGAAGGUUGAGUGUAAGCCUUUGGUUCAAGUCCAGAAGCCACCUCCCAAGAUCAAGAACCUCAGAAUGACUCGACUCUUGCCUAAGAAUACAAACACCAGCAUUACUUCACUCCCUUUUGUGGAUACCAAGGGGAAGAAGAACAUGGUUAACCUCCCACACAUCAGCAACAAAAUCUUGCUAAAGCCACCCUUGCUGUAUCAGGAGAAUCAGACUCACAAUCAGAUGUCAGCUUCUGAGCUCAAGACUUCAGAAAUGCCUUUCCAUUCAAGCAUUAAAACCCAAGAUCCCAAGCCAGAGGAGAAACCACCAAGAAAGCACAAGGUGCCUCUGACAGCAGCAGAGGCCCUAAAGUUUUUUAAGAACCAGCUGUCUUCUUAUGAACAAAGUGAGAUCCUGGGCUACACGGAGCUGUGGUUCCUGGGGCUGGAAGCAAAGAAGCUCCACGUGACUCCUGAGUUCAGCAAAACGAGUUUUGAUGAUGAACAUGGCUCCUAUAUGAAGGUCCUGCAUGACCACAUUGCCUACCGCUAUGAGGUUUUGGAGAUGAUCGGGAAAGGGUCCUUUGGACAGGUGGCCAAGUGCUUGGAUCACAAAAAUAAUGAGUUGGUGGCCUUGAAAAUCAUCAGGAACAAGAAGAGAUUUCACCACCAGGCACUGGUGGAGCUGAAGAUCCUGGAGGCUCUCAGAAGGAAGGACAAAGACAACACCUACAAUGUGGUGCACAUGAAAGACUUUUUCUAUUUUCGCAAUCAUCUCUGCAUCACCUUUGAACUCUUGGGAAUCAACUUGUAUGAGCUGAUGAAGAAUAAUAGCUUUCAAGGCUUCAGUCUGUCAAUAGUUCGGCGCUUCACCCUCUCUGUUUUGAAGUGUUUGCAAAUGCUUUAUGUAGAGAAAAUCAUUCACUGUGAUCUCAAGCCUGAGAAUAUAGUGUUAUACCAAAAGGGCCAAGUCUCUGUUAAGGUCAUUGACUUUGGAUCAAGUUGUUAUGAACACCAGAAAGUAUAUACCUAUAUCCAAAGCCGGUUCUACAGAUCCCCAGAAGUGAUUCUAGGCCAUCCCUACAACAUGGCCAUUGAUAUGUGGAGCCUGGGCUGCAUAAUGGCUGAGUUGUACACGGGCUACCCUCUGUUUCCUGGGGAGAAUGAAGUAGAGCAGCUAGCCUGCAUCAUGGAGGUGCUGGGCCUGCCGCCAACCCACUUCAUUCAGACAGCCUCCAGGAGACAGACAUUUUUUGAUUCCAAAGGUUUUCCUAAAAAUAUGACCAACAACAGGGGGAGAAAAAGAUACCCAGAUUCCAAGGAUCUCACGAUGGUGCUGAAAACCUACGAUGCCAGCUUCCUGGACUUUCUCAGAAGAUGUUUGGUAUGGGAACCUUCUCUUCGCAUGACCCCUGACCAGGCCCUCAAGCAUGCUUGGAUUCAUGAGCCACGGAAUUUCAAACCACGGUCCAGGCCCCAGACCCUGAGGAAACCCAGUCUCUGUUUCCCCUCUGAGGCUCGGAAGGAAAAGGUUCAAGGGCAUCAUCCCUUGGGCAAAAAAGAGGUGACCAUCAAAGAAGAGACCAUAGACAAAAUAAAAGGUGGCACCGCUAAGCAGGUUCAGAAUUCAGGUGAUCAGCAGGGCAUUCUCCAGCACACAUCUGAAGUUGUCCAGUUGCCUCAGCUAACAGAAGCUUCCAGAAAGCCAGAGGUAUUUGUUGGACCAGAGGAGUCCAAAACCUCCCCAGGGCAUCAAAGUAAAAACUCCUCAUCCAAAAACACGAAUAUUUUACCACCUAUUGUAUGACCUUUGCUGAAGGUGUGUCCUGUUCCUUUCCACCAAGGAUUUUUAUUAGAGACAGCACUUAUAUUGUACAAUAUUA